CGUCCGGGCGGUAGCAGCCGGGAGGCGGGGCCGUCGCUUCUUCCCUGUCGGGGCCGGGACCAGGGCCAGUGGCAGCCGUCGAGCCCCGCCCGCGGGGUGUCCCGGCCACGCUCAGCAUGCACGGCGCGCCCGCCAUCCCCGAGGCGGUCUGCAGCCUCCUGGCAGAUGUUGACACCUUUAUUUCCCAAACUCUAAAAGGAGAAAAUCUAUCCAAGAAAGCAAAAGAAAAAAGGGAACUUCUUCUUAAGAAGAUAAAAGAUGUUAAGGCAAGUUAUCCGGAAGAAUUCCAGGAUAAAGAAUUGGAAGAUGACGAAGAGUCUGAAGGCUCUUUUUCUUCGCCUCCUGAUAGUGUCUCAAUAGCAUCUGACCGAUACGAUAAAGAGGAUGAAGCACCCUCUGAUGGGAAUCAGUUUCCUCCUAUUGCAGCUCCAGAUCUUCCAUUUGUUCUGAAGGCUGGUUACCUGGAAAAACGCAGAAAAGACCACAGUUUUCUGGGCUUUGAAUGGCAAAAGCGUUGGUGUGCUAUCAGUAAGACGGUCUUCUAUUAUUAUGGAAGUGACAAAGACAAACAACAGAAAGGUGAAUUUGCCUUAGAGGGAUACACCAUCAGAAUGAAUAAUAGCCUUCGAAAGGAUGCAAAGAAAGAUUGCUGUUUUGAAAUCUCUGCUCCUGAUAAGCGUAUUUAUCAGUUUACAGCUGCCACUCCUAAAGAAGCAGAAGAAUGGGUACAGCAAGUCAGAUUUGUAAUUCAAGAUAUGGGAUCUAAUACUAUUCCUGAGGAGGAGGAAGAGGAAUAUGAUGAUGUUGGACAAGUGAACAGUGAACCAAUAGAUGAUAGCAUUUAUGAAGAAGUUAAAGAAGAACGUGUCCCUUCAAAGGCUGAAGUGCUGAGAAAACCGAGUGAGGAGAAAGUUACCACUGUUUCAGAUGACAAAAGUACCGAUUACGCUAAUUUCUAUCAAGGUUUGUGGGACUGCACAGGAGAUGUACCUGAUGAGUUGACAUUUAAACGUGGUGACGUUAUCUACAUUCUCAGCAAGGAGUACAAUAGAUUUGGCUGGUGGGUAGGAGAAAUGAAGGGAACCAUUGGCUUGGUGCCUAAAGCCUACAUAAUGGAGAUGUAUGAUAUUUGAGAGGCCUGGGAGAAAUCUGCACUUGAAAUCAGGAGUGGUGUGCAGCUGCUGUUUACAGCCCCGGUCUCUGCAAGAAGAUGAUUUGCCGUAUAUGUUUUGUGGUUUCAGUGAAUGUAGUCGGAUUGUUGCCUUGUGUAUAUUAGACAUUGAAAACUGUAAUUGAUCAUAAUUCUGUGGGAAAUGUUGUUCUUUGCUACUUUUUAUACAAUUGUAAUGCUGGAAAAUGAAAUAGAUGGUAAUUAUCAUAUGGAGCACAAAGCAGCCAAAUAGUGCCUGUUGCUCUUAAGCAUAUUAGCAGCACUCUGUAUUGCUAUAGGUUUGUGUGCGUUCAGGGAAUUUGGCCAUGUUUUCCUGUUCCUCGGAUUUAAAAACCCUAAGCUGAACUUUGAAAGCAUACAACUAUUACUCAGUUCAUGCUGCAUUAACCUCUUAAUGCUCACUGUGCAUUUUGUGCAGCUUCCGAGGAAAAUCAAGGGAACUUUGUGUGUAAUAUUGCAAAUCUUCAGGGUAUUCUGCUUCCAAAUAUUUUUGUAUUCUGUUUUAGACAAUGAUUAAUUCUUGUCGUAUAUUUAGUAUUGAUUGUAUUAUUGAUUAAUAUUUUGUUACCACAAAAUGAAGGCUUGAUUCUUUUUCUGAUGUAAUAAAUCCACCUGUGUGAUGAUA